AUGGGCGGCGAGGGCCCUACCAUCGCCAUCAUUCGGGGUCUCAAGGCUCGGGUACCCGUGCUAGACCGUUUCCUGAACGCAAAUGGGGUCGAUGAGACAUACGGCCUUGCGCCUUUCUACGAUGUCGACCCCGACAAGCGGUCACGGCUUCUGCGCUCAAAGUUCGGAGGCGGCGAUACACGCACCCGCAUCUUUGUCCCCUCAAACCUGAGCCACAAUGAAACCAAUUUUGCAUAUGUGGCCUGGGCCUGGGAGAUGAUCUACGCCCAGAAGGAGAUUCUCUUAGACCAGCAGCUCCCUACAAAUCCACCGACGGGAUGGGCAGCUGUGAUGGAUACCAGGAAGAAGGUUCGUCGACCUGGGGGUUCAGACCACUUCGGAGACUCUUCGGAUCAACCAGACAUUGCCAUCCAACCCAAGACCAGGACGGCAGAGGUGAUGGCGGCGUCAGGUUCGGAUCAGAAAAAGCCGCAACUCUCCCCUUGGCUUCGAGCGAGGCUGCCAGAGGAGGACAGAGUCAAGGACGAAUCGUAUUUCGAAGGAUUCAGCGAUGGGAGUAGGAAGCUGAUGCGAGAUGUGUGGCGCAAUGGGACAUACGCAGAGUAUGCCAGGAUGCCACUGGAGAACUGCAUCCCACUUGAUCAAACAAGUCUAUGUGGUGGCUUGGGGUACUCGCUUCAGGACUUGGCGUACAUGUCAUACCUGCUCGUGCCUCAUGCUGGGCUGAGAGACAUCAAGCUCGAACCUGGUGAGACGAUCGUCGUCUGUCCGGCCACCGGAUUCUACAGCGGCUUUGGUGUCCAAGUCGCAGUUGCAAUGGGUGCAAGAGUGAUAGCUAUGGGCCGAAACGAGGAGAAGUUGGCAAGGCUGAAGGAGGAUAUCAGAAACCGCUCGCCAGACAUCACGCCCUCAUCCGCGUCCGCGUCAACCCACACCAAGAGUGCGAUCAAGGCCCUACGUCGCGGAGGAAGGGUCAGCUUAAUGAGAUCUGCCAGGAACAUCUCGGUUCAAGAAAUCAUGAUGAAUAACCUCACUCUGCAAGGCAAAAACAUGUAUGAAAGAGAUGUCAUUCUGCAGUUCGUCAAGCUGUUGGAAAGGGGCCUAUUCCCCAGAGGUAAGGGUUUCGUUGACACAAAGUCCUUCGGGCUUGACAAUUGGAAAGAGGCGUUCGAUGUAGCUGCGGACUACAAUGGCAUCGGCAAAUGUGUAGUCUUUGCCCCGGAGGAUAGUGGUACAGCUGCUUAG